UCCCCGCCCUUCCUUCCACCGGCGGGAGCCCGGCGACGACCGCUGCCCCAUGGCCUCCGCUGCGGAGGACCCCGUUCUGGAGCGGUAUUUUAAAGGCCACAAGGCUGCCAUCACCUCCGUGGACUUCAGUCCCAAAGGCAAACAACUUGCUACUGCUUCUUGGGAUACGUUUCUCAUGCUAUGGAAUUUCAAGCCACAUGCGAGAGCUUUCAGAUUUGUAGGUCACAAGGAUGUUGUAACCAGCGUGCAGUUUUCUCCGGUCGGAAACUUGUUGGCAUCUGCCUCACGAGACAGGACUGUUAGACUCUGGAUUCCUGAUAAGAAGGGGAAAUCUUCUGAAUUUAAAGCUCAUACUGCCCCUGUUCGAAGUGUGGACUUUUCUGCUGAUGGCCAAUUUCUAGUUACUGCUUCUGAAGAUAAAUCUAUCAAAGUAUGGAACAUGUAUCGUCAGCGAUUCUUAUACUCCUUGUACCGCCAUACACACUGGGUGCGCUGUGCCAAAUUCUCACCUGAUGGAAGACUAAUCGUAUCAUGUAGUGAGGAUAAAACUGUUAAAAUUUGGGACACCACAAAUAAGCAGUGUAUUAAUAAUUUCUCAGAUUCUGUAGGGUUUGCCAAUUUUGUGGAUUUUAACCCUAAUGGGACAUGCAUAGCUUCAGCAGGUUCUGAUCAUACUGUGAAAAUCUGGGAUAUAAGAGUGAACAAAUUACUGCAGCAUUAUCAAGUUCACAGUGGUGGUGUUAAUAGUUUAUCAUACCAUCCUUCGGGCAACUAUCUCAUCACAGCUUCAUCAGAUGGGACCCUUAAGAUUCUGGACCUCUUAGAAGGAAGGCUGAUAUAUACACUUCAAGGACAUACGGGACCUGUCUUUUCUGUAUCAUUUUCAAAAGGUGGGGACUUAUUCGCAUCAGGAGGUUCAGAUGAACAGGUCUUACUGUGGCGGACUAACUUCGAUGAAUUGAAUUAUAAAGAUCUCAUUAAAAGAAAUCUUAAAAGAUUACAUUUUGAUUCACCACCACACCUUCUUGAUAUCUACCCAAGAACUCCACAUCCCCAAGAUGGAAAACUUGAGACUAUUGAAAUUAAUCCCAAACUAGAAGUCAUCGAUUUGCAGACUUCCAAUCCCCCAGUUGUGGAUGUCCUUUCUUUUGACUCUACCACAACAACCGAAACCACUCUUGGAACGCCACCAGACAGGAGUGAAGAGACCAGCGGCUCUUUCUUGAACCCUUCGUUAGUGUCAUCGGACUGUUCCCCAGCAACCUUGAAGAAGAGAACAGACGACGCGAGCGACCUUCCCUACGAGAGCCAAAGAAGCAUUCCGCUGGCUGUGACCGAUGCCUUAGAACAUAUUAUGGAACAGCUCAGUGUCCUGACGCAGACGGUUUCCAUCUUGGAGCAGCGACUGACUUUGACAGAGGAUAAGCUGAAAGACUGCCUUGAAAAUCAACAAAAGUUGUUCAGUGUCUCCCAGCAGAGAAGUUAAACAGAGAAGUGUGUGCAGAGGUACGAUAUCGUUGCACCCGUACGUAUAUUCAGGAAGGUCAUAGAGGAUGCCUCAUGCAACACUACGAUGCACGAGUUAAGGUGUUUCUUCAAAGCGUGAGCAGCAGAGCAAAAGACCUAUUUAAGACUGAGUUGAACACCCAAAUCAAUGACAAGGACUAAUUUGAAAUACGACCAUUUAUAGUUAGAGUAAUAAAGUGAUAAGCAUUCAAGUGACUGUAUUUACCCCCAUAUUAUUUAAGAUGUCACUUUUCAUUUCUAGUUCAAAUCUUACCAAGAAACAAAGAAAACCCCUCUGGAUUUCAUUGCUAAGUCAUUUCUGAUUGACUGUUUUGAGGCAAUUCCUUUAAGGGGUUACGGUAUUUCUUCAGUGAACAGCACCCUUCCUAUAAAAGAAUUAUUUUAACUCUAAAAUAGCAAUCUGUGUGCAGAGAAUGAGUUAUUUGAUACUAUAAAGGAAAAUAUUUUUACAUAUACUGAUCAUUUCUUUAAAUGUUGUUCUUGUAAAAAUCCCAAAGCCACACAAUUUCCAUAGCAAGAAUACACUUGUUUCUUUUAGAAGAAACAGUGCUUGUGUGGCGUAGGAUAGUAGGGUUUUACUUAGUUUGUGGUGUACACUUUUUUAUCCUUUGGCCAACCUGAAGGAAAAUGAGUUAAAGAUGAAAAUGAAGCCGAUGUAUCUUGUUAUUAACCGGUGAAUGCACUGAAUGAUUUGGGUUGUGUCCAGUUCUGUGAUCAUGGCUCAGAGAGAUUAUGUUUGUGUGAUUUCAGCAUGUGCAACAGCCAGAAUGACAUAGCAGUGGUACUGUCCAGUAUACACACAUGUAUGUCCGUUAUUGCUUAGGGUGAUCUGGGUAAGCACUUGAGAAAAAUACUGUUUGCAUCCUAUUGUCUUCCCUUUUAAAAUGAAUUGUGAUUUAAGACAACCUGAAAAUAAGUUAGGAAUCCUAAAAGAUCUUGGUUACAAAUUAAGAAUCUUGUUUUAAAAUAAGAUCAACUUGACGAAAAACAGGCAAAUUCGUUUUAGCUUGCAUUUCUUUUAACUGACAUCAAGAACAGAGAACAUGCUAGAAACUAAUCCACAUUUAUACUGUCUAUGAGUAACUAGAGGGACAUGCUAUCUAUGUUUUGGAAAAAAAGAAAAAAACAAAGUACUAUGUGUGUGAGUCUACAUUUAGAAACUUUUCACAGCAAUUUCAGUCCUAUCUGAGGUGGGUUAUGUAAAUGUUAUCCUUAUGUGUUGUGCCUUUUUGUAUCAAAGUAUGAAUUUUUAGACAUGUUCAAGAGCUUAUAAAGAGUAAGUCACAUUGUAUUUUUAUGAAAUGAAAUGUCAUACCAAUUUUUUACUCUUUUUUGUGCUUCAAACAAUAAAGAAUUUUUUACCUUUA